UCCCUUGAUCAAUUCCCAAAUUUUGAUUUCUUGCAAGAUCAAUUUCCAUGGGAAUUUGAGUACUCCGAGCUAAUCAAUGACCAUGUUGAUCAGAUACCAAGAAGUUCGUCAUUCUUAGAAACUAAUUCCUCUAAAGGAAGUAGCGAAGAAGGGUCCGAAGAAGACAGAACUAGCCUUCAUUCUCAUCCCACUAAGGAAGUAGAGCAAGGUGAAAGAAUUCAAUCGUUCAGUCAAAAAAGACAAGUUAGCAUGUUUGAUCAGAUACCAAGAAGUUCGUCGUCCUCAGAAACUAAUUCCUCAAAAGGAAGUAGUGCUGACGAAGAGGUGACAUCAUAUUCCAUCAAGAGAAAAGACGCAAAUACAGACAAAGAAGAAUUAAAAGAUGAAGAAAAGCAUUAUAUAGGAGUUAGAAAAAGGCCAUGGGGGAAAUAUGCAGCAGAAAUAAGAGAUUCAACAAGAAAUGGAAUUAGGGUAUGGUUAGGUACAUUUGAUACUGUUGAAGAAGCUGCUUUAGCUUAUGAUCAAGCUGCAUUUUCAAUGCGUGGUGCUUUAGCAUUUCUCAAUUUUCCAAUGGAAAAAGUCCAAGAAUCACUUCAAAAAAUUAAGAUGAAUUCUAGCCAAUUAUUAGAUGGAUUGUCUCCAGCUGCUGCUUUAAAGGAAACACAUAAAAUGAGAAUGAAAAAUGUGAAAAGAAGAAGAAAUAGGAAGAAGAAGAAGAAAGGAGUUUUAGUUUUUGAGGAUUUGGGUGCUGACUUGUUAGAAGAACUCUUAAUGAGUUAAUCUCAAAAUCAGAGCCGGAGCCAGGGCUUGAACGUUACGGGUUCUAAGUUCAAAGAUAACCAUGUUAAAUAUUAGUAUUUGAAUUCUUAAAUUUCUUAAAAUAUUUAGUGUUAAAACUAAACAUAAUGAGUUUCAGCUAAACAUGUAGCUGACCUUCUAGCUUCGCCCUUCUAAAUUUCAAUGAAUAUGGUGUGUUUCUUCUUGAUCAUGUUUGAUUGUCUUACAAUAAUUGAGAAGUGAAUUGUUGUUUUCCUGUA